AUUUCAAGGAAGCUGUCCACGCACAGAUCGCAAUAGAUGGCUUUCAUCAUGAUGAAGAAAAAGAAAUUCAAGUUUAGAAUUGAUUUCGAGCUGGAUGAGCUCUCCUCUGUUCCCUUUGUCAACGGUGUUCUGUUUUGUAAAGUCAGGCUUCUUGACGGUGGGUUUUCCGAGGAGUCGUCUCGAGAGAUGGUCCAGGCCAACUGCGUGCGCUGGAGGAAGAAGUUCUCCUUCCUGUGUAAGAUGAGCGCCAGCGCCAGCACAGGAAUGCUGGACCCCUGUGUGUGCCGGGUUUCCGUGCGCAAGGAGCUGAAAGGCGGGAAGACAUAUGCAAAGCUAGGCUUUGCUGACCUAAACCUAGCGGAGUUCGCGGGUUCUGGGAGCACCACACGCAGGUGCCUGCUGGAGGGUUACGACACCAAGAACAUGCGGCAGGACAACUCCAUACUCAAGGUAGUGAUCAGUACACAGCUGAUGUCAGGAGACCCUUGCUUUAAAGCGCCCCCCUCCACUGCCACGUACAUCGGGAUCCAGGGGGAUGCCGAACGCCUCCAUGAAGACCGAAAGGGAGGUGACUCGCACGGACCAGCUCAGAGCGUAUCAGAGCCUCCAGGGAAGUGCGCCUCUGUGCCGGAAGACCUGGGAGUUUGUGGCCACUCCAGAACCUCCAGCUAUGCCAGCCAGCAGUCCAAAGUGUCCGGAUACAGCACGGGACACUCCCGCUCCUCCAGCUUAUCAGAGCUGACUCUGACUCAUAGGAGGAACACCUCCGUGGACAGCGCCUCCACCGGCAUCGCCAGCAUCCUAGAACCCAGCGAGGACAGAGAGCCCAGGACAGGGCUCCCUACCGCUGUUGUCUGUGCUAGCAUCCCGGGGCACCUAGGCACCCCCGUCAAGAGUGCCUCAUCGUCAGAACGACUCAGCAGGCAUGCAGUGAAGCAGCAGGACUCGGUGGAGUCGCAGCUGAAGCGGGUCGAUGCCACGCGGGUGGACGCCGAUGACAUUGUGGAAAAGAUCUUGCAGAGUCAGGACUUCACGCACAGCUUGCUGGACUCCAGCGCUGAAGAGGAGGGCCUGCGACUGUUUGUUGGUCCUGGGGGAAGCACCGCCCUCGGCAGCCAACACACCAGGGUUGUGGCGGGGUCAUACGAGCAGGUGGUGAUAAAGCGUUAGUGGCAGAGAUGUCAGCGCUGAGGCCGGACGGGUAGGACGGGCAGGACGAGCAGACACAUCUCACCUCAUUCCAGCAGGACAUUUCAUCACGGUGGGGGUCGGCAUUUUGGCGAAUCGGUACCCGUUUUUACCCAGAAGACUUGCUGGCGAGCCAGGCUUUGGACGAGUGAGUCUCGAGUGACGUGGCACGCCAAGAAACUGAUGAAGACCAGAGCCUGAGGCGCCCUGUAGACUGCGUUUAGAGUCCUUGGACUCCCCGUAAAUGAGGUGGACACUGUGUCCUGCUAAUUCCUCCUCGACUUCACGUAAACGCCUUUGGCCGUUUCAGGUGGCCGUCCACCUGGGGUUUCACCUCUCUCCCUGUUGCGCCUGCGACCUGUCGCGUGCUGCUGGCCGGCUUUCACCCGUUUCCCACAGGCUGGCCCUGGAUCGGAGAUGUGCCGGUGCAGUAAUCUGGUUGAAGUGAACUGCAGAACCGCACCCUCUGGAAAACGGAAGCAUUUCGUUCAUUGAGCAACCAGAAGAGGGCAUGGAAGAGCCUCCACCGGGAACACUGAUUGGCUCAAGGUGACGGUUUCGGAAAGAGGUCCUAAAAUGCGAACAGGCCUCUGUUGAUCCCGGGAUCUGGAUAAAACAUGCUCAGCCAGUGGGCCUUGGAGCAGGCCCCGCCCCUCAGGAGACAAAAAAGACCAGUAUGCUACCACUUCCCAAUCCAUUUCCACUUUUACAGUGGACUGAGAUGUGACAGACCACUUCCAUUACUUUCCUUCCACUGGGCAUAAAAUAACCUAUCAACAUGGAACAAAUCUUUCACACCACAACAUCUGUCUGAAUAUGUUCUUUCUCACACAGACACAUAUCAAGAGUUUAUUUUGCAGAAUGUUUUACUUCGAUACUGUAACACACAGCAGAUAGUGAUACUGAUGUAGAUAUAUGUAUGCAGAAGAGUAGAAACUCAACAAUCCUAAAGCAGAUGUGUUGUGUGGUUUCCGAUGAAAGGAAGUGAGCCCUGAAUCAUAAAGGAUAUGACGGAUAUUCCUGCCAAGUAUGGUGUACAGCUGAUAUUUCAUGUUGCUCAUACCACUAUAAAAUGCCAUGUGGUACAUAUACCAAUGUUUUUUUAAGUGAAGAUGUUUUUAGUGUCUUGUUAAAUGAGUUGAACCUCUGAAUGUGCUGAUAAUGAACAAAACCAGGAGAGAAGGCUCCUUUAUCUAAGUGCAAUAUGUCAUAUACCUGUCCGUGUGUGUGUGUGUGUGUGUGUGUGUGUGAGAGUGAGUGUUUUUUCCUGCCAACACCAUUGUCCUGUGGAAUCUCUUUAUGGGGCCCAUGGUUCGAAAGCGUAGACGACAGCUUUUAGUGGUACCUCAUCAGCCUCUCAAUUUCCCCAUGGCUUCUGAACGUCCACGGUAAUAAAUGUCUUGAGUGCUUUAGCCUUUUAAGAUGCCGGUGUCUCGUUCAGUGUUCGCUAGCUAGCUCACACAGAAAAACCCAGCUCUCCCUGCUGUUACUGCUGAAUGGAAAAACCUACACCCUCACUAACCGACAGCACACCCCACACACAAACAAAGGCACCCCUGCAGGACGGAGGUGUGGAGGUUGUAUUAAUUUAUGCUCCCCAAAAAGUUGAAGCUAAUCCUAUACACACAGAGGCUCUGAAAUUAAUUCAUCCAUUACAGGACACUGGUGAGGCCCUCCACUAGUCCAGCUAGUAGCACUCUGGCUGCUCUGCUGCAGAGGCUCCGAAGGUGUAAACUCCAGCAUACAGAGCCAUUGCUCAGUGUUUUGUACUUCUUUACACUGUCAGUUGGACAGAGCUGUGUAGUGAUGCUCAUUGUUUUUCCCUAUCCUCAGUGAACCACACCUGUGCCAUUUUGCUGCGUACCUCUAGGCAGGUACACUGUAUGUUGUAAUGCACAUAAGAAUUUAGCGAAGGCUUCAAGUCUAGGUCUUACAAAAUGAUUAGCUGUUUAUGUGCAGGCAAAUGAGGCAACCAAAUAUGAUCUUUAGUUGAUAUGAUCGUUAGGGAUCUGAAAUUUUUAGAUUGGACAACUGCCUUGUCAAAUCCCAGAAUGCCUUGCUCCCAUUAGGUCAUUGGUAGCACAUACCCUAGAAGUGACAUAUGCUGUCCCAUGAGCUGGUUUCCUGCUCAUGGGUAUAAUUUACAUCACGAACAGCUUGAGAAACAAAUUGUUUUACAUGUAUUGUUUUUGGGAAACAUUAUAGAUGUUUUCCUAAAAUGCAUUUUUCACUAGGGGUGCUUCUAACAUGCAUGUUGACAGCUCACACGUACAGAAUAGCCCUUUCCCCCUGCAGACAGAGCUCAGGGAGCCUGAGAGUUCUUAAACGCAGCUGUAUCCCACCUGAAACUAUCACUAAACUACAUGAGCUUUAGAAACUUCCAGCCACUCUUUCUCAAGGUGAUGUUUUGCACAUAAAAAGUGUCACAGAUUGUUUGGUGAGACUCAGACACCUGUGUUUUAGGAGUACACAUGGUUUUUGAUUGUCAUGCUGUGCUUUCCUGUCCAACAGUGUUUGAGAUCAACGGAGUCAGGAACUUUGGCUUUGUUCAAUC